AUGUGCAGCAUCAUCUUGCGCUGCAGACGACGCACGAUUCAUCUUCUAAUUGCAUCUACAGCCGUCGCAAUAUGCGAAAACCUGCCGAUAUCUGCUGCAUCUGACAUUUUAGCUCGUUGUGAGAACCUUCAGAGCGACACAGCAGUACUCACAAUACCUACAGAAAAAGAUGUACCCAGUGACGUUGCAGCCACGCUGUCUGCGUACUCUGAAAUGACAUGGAACGACCUGAACGAUGCCACAAAAGUAGGGCUGCUAUGGGCACACGGGUACGUGUUCUCAGGCGGUUCUACCAACGGGAACAAAGCUGGAAAUACUGUUAUGGAGGUCUAUACUCGAUGUAAUGAUGAUGCAACAACUGGCGUGGCGAUGGCGGACGUGGGGAUCCCAUACGACGAGUUUGUAGAUGGAGCGAGUCAGUGUGAAGUGGCGAGCUGCGGCUCGUGCUACCAGGCGACAAACGUCAACUGUGUGGCCAAUGUGACGAGUUUAUUGAAGUGUGCAAUAAACGGAGUAUUGACGACUCUACAGCCAGUCAGGAGCACAUCAUUCUGGUCGUCGGCAGCGUCUGCCAGCACCAUUCCGUAUCCUCAGGCUUUCCAGCACAACAUCACGCUAACGGAUACCAAGGCAACGUUGCAGGUGUAUUCAAUUCAUAUGCGUAAUGAUGACGCCUGUGUUUUGAGUGGUAACACAGUGGAUACAGUUAUUCCGUGUAUGCGGUUAGAGGAUGUGAAGACUACAGGAUCAAACGGCGCGUUAAGAUUUUGCAAGCCAAUUGUCAAUGCUGCUAGAAUGAAAAGGAUUCUCGGGUUGGCGAGGACAGUGCAAGUGAUCAAGCAAUCAAGUGCUGACGCAUCGUCGGGUGGCGACAGCGAGAUGGAUCGGGUGGCGGAGAUCGGAGGUGGUGUACUUCUCGCUCUCCUGGUGGGAGGCAUCUGUUGCUGUUGUCGCAAGAGGAAAUUGCAGGAUGCUGGACAGACGCCAGAGAUUACAGUAGUAAGAACGAGCGAGGAGCAGAGUCCCAAAGCAGCAUAUGCAGCAAACGCAACGCGAACAGGAACGGGAUUUUUUCCACGGGUAAUUGGGAGACGUGAGGCUAACACUAGCCUCAACUCGCUAAAUGUUGCCACCAACGUGAAUGUGCAGACUAAUCGAGGUCGGAGAUCGUCGUGGUAUACGUUCGGCAACGCGAGCAGUCGCGAAUCGACAGUGUACGGCCGCCUGUCAUCCAUGAUAGGAACCAGGAUGGGGACCGGAGUGGGGGGGAAAACGGUAAGUGAGUAUUGCAGCGAGUCCGAAGCUUUGACAAAUUUUAUGCAGGAUCCUGAAAUCUUCACCAAGCGUAUCGCCUUUGACGAGCUCACGUUUCUACGUCUCCUGUCCAGUGGGGCUUAUGGUGAAGUGUGGCUGGGCCAACUCGAGACACGACAUGUGGCCAUUAAACGCUUACUGCCGGAGAAAUGCCAGUUCACAGCCAGUCUAGAGCAAUUCGCUGGAGAGAUUCAGCUCAUGUGCACACUGCAACACCGCAGCAUCGUUUCGUUCGUAGGCGUGAGCUGGAACCGGCUGCAAAACUUAUGCGCCGUGGUGGAGUACAUGGAUGCGGGCGACUUGGAUGAGGUGCUUAAGAAAAAUCGAGAGAAGUUCUCAUGGCAGUGCGAGAAGAUCUCCAUUGCUAUGAAUGUAGCCGAGGGCUUAGUGUACUUGCACUCUUUGAGGCCUGCGGUUGUGCACCGCGAUCUCAAGUCCAAAAAUGUGCUGCUCAAUCGCUCGUUCCACGCGAAACUGAGUGACUUUGGCGUCAGUCGCAAGACAUAUGUUAACGAGACUAUGACAUCAGGCGUAGGUACGUUGUUAUGGACGGCACCCGAGAUUAUCGAAGGCAAAAAGUAUUCGGAGAAGGCGGAUAUCUACUCGUUGGGCGUCGUGCUGUCUGAAAUGGAUACCUGCGAAGCACCGUUCUCGGACGUGACUUCCGACAAGGGCGAGCGGUUACCAGGGAUGCAACUGGCUCAACUCGCACGGUUGGGCGAAAUUCGUGUAUCGCUGCGCAAGGAUUGCCCAGCCGCUCUUCACAAGAUGAUUAUGGAUUGCACCCAGUUGGACCCAGACUCUCGUCCAAGCUCUAUGCAGGUGGCCUUCACACUCAAGAGUAUUAUCGCUCCAACACUGCGAAUGUUUUCGUCGACGGCCACGGCUGCUUUGACGUGUAGUCACCCAUCCAGCUGA